AAUUAUCGAUUACUAAGACAUUUUUUAUUGGUCGCUCUUUUCGUUCGUUAAGUUCGACCCCCAAUCAUAUGUUAAUGAAAGAUUUGAAUCUCUGAAAUCAUUGUUUCUAUCUCAUACUGAGAUGGCUGAAUGUCCGGAGUCCAAUGGGAUUGUUAACAGCACCGUUUCGGAAAAGUGGUGUGGCAGUCGUAAAUCAGAAUGGAUACGCCUAAAUGUUGGGGGUCACCACUUCCUAACAACACGAACAACACUGUGUAGAGAUCCAAAGUCUUUCUUCUUCAGACUCUGUCAAGAAGACAAUAACCUAGCCUCUGACAAAGAUGAAACGGGUGCCUUCAUGAUAGAUCGGGACCCUACUUAUUUCAGCCCAAUUUUAAAUUUUUUGCGUCAUAGUAAAUUAGUUAUUGACAAAAAUUUAGCUGAAGAAGGAAUUUUAGAAGAAGCUGAAUUUUACAAUAUUACUGAACUCAUUCAGCUAAUACGAGACAAAAUAAGACUCAGAGAUGAAUUACCAUUGAAAGAAAAUAGAAAACAAGUUUAUCGUGUACUGCAGUGUCAUGAGGAUGAAUUAACACAAAUGGUUUCAACAAUGUCUGAUGGCUGGAAAUUUGAACAGCUCAUCAAUGUUGGAUCACAGUACAGCUAUGGAAAUGAGGACCACUCUGAAUUCCUCUGUGUUGUCUCAAGGGAGUGUGACAAAAGAGAAAGAGAAGCAGAACCUACAGACAGAGCUAAGGUGCUCCAGCAAAAAGGUUUGAGGAUGUAGUAAGCACCUGAUAUUUCUUAAACAGGAACCAAAUACUGAAAUAAUGAAUUGAUGCAGAGACACAGCCUUGUGGGAUUUUAUCCACGUUGCAGCCAUUUUGACAUGUUUUUGAUCACAAGUGUUGCUUUUAUUCACAAGUGCAAUACACAACUCUGCUUCACAGCUUCA